GGGCCUGCAUAGAGACAAACACACCCAGAGAGACUUACUGCCCACAGGAGCUGCAGCGAAGCUCACAGUUGAAGCUCUUCAGGAGAAGACGACGAGCUCAGAUAAACCUUUAACGACCGUCCUCAAUAUAUCCAAGAUGCCUGAGAACGCUGGACAUGUUAUGGAGGAGGAGGUGGAGACCUUUGCGUUUCAAGCUGAGAUUGCUCAGCUCAUGUCCCUUAUCAUCAACACGUUCUAUUCAAAUAAAGAGAUCUUCCUCAGAGAGCUCAUCUCCAACUCCUCAGAUGCCCUGGACAAAAUCAGAUAUGAAAGCCUGACUGAUCCUAGCCGGCUUGAGUCCUGCAAGGAUCUGAAGAUUGAAAUCACGCCUGACCUGCACGCUCGCACCCUGACCCUGGUCGACACAGGUAUCGGCAUGACCAAGGCUGACCUUAUCAACAACCUGGGCACCAUCGCAAAGUCUGGCACCAAGGCUUUCAUGGAGGCUCUUCAGGCCGGCGCUGACAUCUCUAUGAUCGGUCAGUUCGGCGUUGGCUUCUACUCCGCCUACCUGGUGGCUGAGAAGGUGACGGUGAUCACCAAGCACAAUGACGACGAGCAGUACGUGUGGGAAUCUGCAGCCGGAGGCUCGUUCACAGUCAAACCUGACACCGGAGAGCCCAUAGGAAGAGGCACAAAAGUCAUCCUUCAUCUCAAAGAAGAUCAGACAGAGUACUGCGAGGAGAAGCGCAUCAAAGAAGUUGUGAAGAAGCACUCACAGUUCAUUGGCUACCCAAUUACACUUUUUGUGGAGAAGACAAGAGAGAAGGAAGUGGCCCUUGAAGAGGGCGAAAAGGAAGAGGAGGUUGAGAAAGACGCCGCCGAGAACAAGGACAAACCCAAGAUCGAAGAUGUCGGCUCAGACGAGGACGAAGACUCAAAGGAGAACAAGAACAAGAGGAAGAAGAAGGUGAAAGAGAAGUACAUUGAUGCCCAGGAGCUGAACAAGACCAAGCCUAUCUGGACCCGUAACCCCGAUGACAUCACCAACGAGGAGUACGGAGAGUUCUACAAGAGUCUCACCAACGACUGGGAGGACCACCUGGCAGUCAAGCAUUUCUCAGUGGAAGGUCAGCUGGAGUUCCGUGCCCUCCUGUUUGUACCAAGAAGAGCUGCGUUUGACCUCUUUGAGAACAAGAAGAAGAGAAACAACAUCAAGCUGUACGUCCGCAGGGUCUUCAUCAUGGACAACUGUGAAGAGCUGAUUCCAGAGUACCUCAAUUUCAUUAAGGGUGUGGUGGACUCUGAGGAUCUGCCUCUAAACAUCUCUAGAGAAAUGCUGCAGCAGAGCAAGAUCCUGAAGGUCAUCCGCAAGAACCUGGUCAAGAAGUGCCUCGAACUUUUCACUGAACUGUCUGAGGACAAGGACAACUACAAGAAGUUCUACGAGCAGUUCUCAAAGAACAUCAAGCUUGGCAUCCAUGAGGACUCACAGAAUAGGAAGAAGCUGGCUGAGCUGCUGCGAUACUACACCUCAGCCUCUGGAGAUGAGAUGGUUUCCCUCAAAGACUAUGUCUCUCGCAUGAAGGACAACCAGAAUCACAUCUACUACAUCACUGGUGAGACCAAAGACCAGGUGGCCAACUCCGCCUUUGUGGAGCGCCUUCGCAAAGCUGGCCUGGAGGUCAUUUACAUGAUUGAGCCCAUUGACGAGUACUGUGUCCAGCAGCUCAAGGAGUUCGAUGGCAAGAACCUGGUUUCCGUGACCAAAGAGGGUCUGGAGCUCCCUGAGGAUGAGGAGGAGAAGAAGAAGCAGGAGGAGCUUAAAAAUAAGUUUGAGAACCUCUGCAAGAUCAUGAAGGACAUCCUUGACAAGAAGAUUGAGAAGGUCACAGUCUCCAACCGCCUGGUCUCUUCUCCUUGCUGCAUCGUCACCAGCACCUACGGCUGGACGGCCAACAUGGAGAGGAUCAUGAAGUCCCAGGCCUUGAGAGAUAACUCCACCAUGGGCUACAUGACCGCCAAAAAGCACCUGGAGAUAAACCCCCUGCAUCCGAUCGUGGAGACCUUGAGGGAGAAGGCGGAGGCCGACAAGAACGAUAAGGCCGUGAAGGACCUGGUCAUCCUGCUGUUCGAGACCGCGCUGCUGUCCUCGGGUUUCACCCUGGAGAACCCACAGACGCACGCCAACCGCAUCUACAGGAUGAUCAAGCUGGGUCUAGGCAUCGAUGACGACGAUUCGACGGUUGAAGAAGUCAUUCAGCCUGUUGAGGAGGAUAUGCCUGUUUUGGAAGGAGACGACGACACAUCAAGAAUGGAAGAAGUUGACUAAAAACUUAACAGACUUGUUUUUUUAUUAGAUUUUUUUGUAAAUUGUUGCUAUUCAAAUUGUCAUUUCAUUCAUUAAUUGAAUAAACAAUAUAUUUACACUGUUUUUAUCAUGAAACCAUAAGAGUAAUAUAUUGUUACUGGGAAGACUACUAAUAUUACUCAUUUUGUAUGUAAUGCAGUAGAAUUUGUAAUAAAAUGUAUUCAGAUAUAA